AUGGCGGCGCGGCAUGCGGACAGCGCGGGCGGCGCGGCGCGCUGGCUGGCGGGCGGCGCGGCGCGCUGGCUGGCGAGCGGCGCGGCGCGCUGGCUGCGUGGGCAGGCGGCGUGGGUUGCGCUGUGGCGGUGGCGCGCUGGCCUGUGCGCGCGGCGAGGCGCGCUGGCUAGUGCGCGCUGGCGAGCUGCGCGCUGUCAUGACGCGCUGGCGGGCGCGCUGGCUGACGCGCUGGCGGGCGCGCUGGCGGGGGCGACGCUGGCGUGCGCGCUGGCAGGCCUGCUGGCUAGGGCACUGGCGGGCCUGAUGGCUAGGGCGCUGGCGGGGCCUGCUGGCUAG